AAAGAAAAAAAAAAGUUAAAAAAAAAAAAAAAAUCAAAUCAACAUAAAAAAACACAAGAUACACUUACAAUUAGUGCACCAACCCAAAAAACCUCCCUCCCCCAUUUACACUAAUUGGCACAAUCAUUCACACUCAUUCGCACAAAAGGGUUGUUUAUUUCUGUUUUUAAUAUUUCUGGUUCCUACAUUUUACAUCAAUAUAGAUCAAUACAGUCUGCAGGGAUACAGUCCGUAAGCACACAUGAUUGUAUUUUUUAAUGACAAAAAAAUAAAAAUAAAAUACAAAUUUACAUAAUGUAAAUAAUUCAAUGUAUAUACUCCAAUUAUUAACUUGUGUGAUGACUGUAUUAUGCUGAUAGUAUAUAUUUGUACCAUGAAUUGAUUAACGUGGACCCCGACUUAACCAGUUGAAAAACGUAUUCGGGUGUUACCAUUUAGUGGUCAAUUGUACGGAAUAUGUACUGUACUGUGCAAUCUACUAAUAAAAGUUUCAAUCAAUCAAUAGCUGCUGACCCCAUCCACAGCAAUGUAAAGCCUAAGUCGUGUGCUGGUAGCCUGUCUACUUCUCUCUAUUGUGAGUGGGUUGCCCGCCAUUUUCCGUGUAGUCCCUCAUACAACCCCACUUCACAAAUCCCGAACUAUCCCUUCAACUCGAAAUAAGUUUUAAAAUACAUGACUAGUGCAGCAACUGUAACCUAAUGUUUACCACACACACACACUGUUAAGAUUGAUAUUAAUAAUAUGAGUAAUGAAGAGUAGUUUCAGUACUUUUCAUAUGUGGCUAUAAGGGAUUUUCUGACAUCUGUUUAAUAUGCUUACAGAUUUCAAGAAUACCUGAUGAACAAAAGCAUCACAAAUGGACCACAACAGCCUUCAAUCUCGCAGUUCCUGGACAAUCGUGUCGGGCAUUACAGUAUGACUCAUCCACAGCAGAAAGCUAUCACCAAUGCAAUACUGUCUGACUUGAUUAUUGAUUGCAACUUGCCCCUGUCUAUUGUGGAAAACAAGAGUUUUCACCACUUUCUGACAGUACUUGACAGCAAGUACACCCCAGUGUGUCGCAGAACACUGACAUCAAAAACAGAGAACCUCACUGAAGAAAGACGAUCAAAAUUAAAAACUCAAUUGAGCCACACUGACCAUGUUUCAGUGACUGUCGACAUUUGGUCUGACCGAAAGAUGAGGGGAUUCCUCUGUGUCACUGUGCACUGGAUGGACAAAGAGGCAGAGAGGAUACAGCUCAAGUCCAAUCUCUUGGCUUGUGAGCGCUUCAAAGGCUCACAUACAGCUGAACGAAUCUGUGACAAAUUUGAGGCUAUAUGUGAUGAAUACAACAUUAAAGCUAAACUGGACUACAUUAUUAGUGACAAUGCUGCUAACAUGUGAAAAGCAUUCACUGUGUGCUUCCCCAGUGAACAAGAGGAUGACGAUGAUGGAGAUCAUCUGGAUGACCCUGAGCUCUGGUGUGAUUUAACCGUGGAAGAUCAGCAAACGGUAGAUGUUGCUAUGGCAAAGAAAAAGCGCUUGCAGUGUUUUGCACACACUCUUGAGCUGGUGGUGGGAGAUGGUUUGAAAGAAACAAAAGUGGUAUCUCCUUCUCUUUCGAAGUUAUCUAAACUCAGCUCACUGCUGCACACAAGCACAACAUUCAAAGAUGUGUUUGAUGCUGAAUUUGGGGAACAGAAAGGCAUCCCUGCUGCAGUCAACACAAGAUGGAACUCAACACUGAGGCAAGCGAAGGCUGUUCUCCAGUGCAAUCAUGUAAGGCUCUGUGCUGUUCUAGAAAAGGCUAGGCACAGGGAGUUGUCAUUCACAGCACGGGAGUGGAAUCUGUUGAAAGAUUUGGUGGACAUCUUGAAGCCAUUUGGAGAAGCAACUGAUUUGACACAGGGGGAGAAGGUCAUCACAAUCAGUGCUGUUGUUCCAUCCAUCUUGUCCCUCAAUCACCACCUUGAGAAACUGAAGCCUCAGGUCUGUUUUCUGAGCGGCCUGGUCAGAAGUCUCCAGACAUCCCUGAACAAAAGAUUUCUUGGAAUCUUCAUCAAUGUGAAAAUGGCCAGGACACAAGAUGGGAUCACUGCUCCCUUUUCAGAUCCAGUCUACCUCAAAGCAGCUGUCUUGGAUCCAGCCUUUUCUCUGUUGUGGGUGGAGCCCCAUGUGCUGGUCAGUCGUGAUGUCAAGGCAGAGGUGGCACAACAGGUUAAAGAAUUGAUCCUGCAAGAUGCUGCAGAGACUGAGCAACCUGCGCCUCUUGUUGAUGAAAAAGAGCAAGGGGACCUUGGAGAAGGAGAAGGGCUGUUUGCUGCUUACCACAAGAGACAGAAGAAGGAUGUUGGGACUACUCCAGCACUACAGCUAAGUCACUACCUUGACAUAGCUGAAGGAAAGAAUGCCCUUUUGUUCUGGGCAUUGAACAUGAAGACUCUUCCUUCACUGUUCCGAGUGGCCAUGAGAGUCUUGGCAGUGCCUGCCUCCAGUGCUCCAGUGGAGCGAGUUUUCAGCCAUGCCAUCCUCGUCUCCGGCGCCGACAACGCCUGCUGCAUCCACGCCUGCAUUGCUGAUGACGUCUGCCGCUUCCACGUCACCAAUGACAUCUGCCGCUUCCACGUCACCAAUGACAUCUGCCGCUUCCUCGCCGCCGAUUUCCCUGUGUGCAUCCCCGAGUCAAGCUGUGCGUCUUGUGCUCCCGGAUCUUCCCUGCUUCCCCCACGCUUCCUGGUUCUCGACUCCUCGCUCGCCCCCGGACUACGACGACUCGCUCCUGCCUCUCGACCACGCUUCCGCCCUUGGACAUCCCUGCCUGCCUUGCCCCUUGUUUGA